UUUGCCAGGGAGCCUGUUUCUGCCCGGAGCCCGUUCCCCUGCCUCUCCUGCUGCUGCUGCAGUCGGCGUCUGGGUGCCCUGGAGACCGAAGGAGGGAAGGAGGAAGAGGGCGGUGGCUUCCCAGGGACGAGAGGAGGAUGCUGAGCCCCGACCGCCUCUCUCAGUCAGGGCUGGAGUAUCUGGGUGAGGCCCUCAGCUCAAAGACAUGUCAUCACAUAUAUGGAAGAUGCAGUGAGUCAGCUUCUGGAAAGCAAAGAAGAUAUUAGUCAAUAUGGUAUUGCCAGAUUCUUCACUGAAUACUUUAACAGCGUGCGUCAAGGAACUCAUAUUUUGUUUAGAGAGUUCAACUUUAUCCAAGCAACACCACAUAAUAGAGCGUCAUUUCUAAGGACCUUUUGGCGAUGUUUCAGGACGGUGGGGAAAAAUGGAGAUCUUCUGACAGCCAAGGAGUACCACUGCCUGCUGCAGUUGCUUUGCCCUGACUUUCCCAUGGAGCUUACUCAGAAAGCUGCAAGGAUUGUUCUUAUGGAUGAUGCUGUAGACUGCUUGAUGUCUUUUUCAGACUUCCUGUUUGCCUUCCAGAUCCAAUUUUACUAUUCAGAGUUCCUGGAAAGCGUGGCUGCUAUCUAUCAAGAGCUCUUGACGGGUAAGAAUCCCAACACUGUCAUUGUGCCCACAUCAUCCUUUGGGCAGCAUCGUUCACGCCAAGCUCUGAGUGAGGGCAGCCCUCUUGAUGGGGUGGAGGCAUCUGCGUUUUACCAGUGCCUUGAGUCUCUAUGUGACCGCUCCAAGUACAGCUGUCCUCCAUCUGCUGUUAUCAAGGAAAUUCUGAGCAGUGUGCAGAGACUGACUUUCUAUGGAUUUCUGAUGGCUCUUGCCAAACAUCAGGGAGUUAACAGAACCCUUGGAGCCCUCCCAGACAAAGCUGAGCUACUAGUUGACCCACUUAUGGAUCAGGAACUAGAGAAACUAACAGCCCAGGCAUCAGGGCUCUCUAUCUCCAACUCUGCCAGUGCUGGUGGGGAUAAUGCCAACUUGCCUUCCCAACCUCCUUCCCGGAUCACUUCCCCAUGGAGGCCUCUUCACCAUCGCAGGAAAAUGGCUACUGAAAGUGACGGCUCCACAGAAGAGACAGAUUCUUCUGAAAACUGAUGUACAGUAUGGGAGUGUUCGCUCAUUUCAGGUCUUUAUGAUGGAAGUAAUGUGGGCUUUGAGGGAAAAUAGCAAUUCAGAUACUCCUUUCCCCACCGACAGGCUGAAAACAUUACUCACAUCUCCCUCUUUGGAAAGCUGACCAUGCCAUCCAACAAAACUGGUCUUUUCUCAUCCAAAACCAAUGAAGGAAUACUCAGUAGAGCGUUGGGUAUACCUUAAAUACAAUCCGAUUCCAAUUGCAAGGUAAUAUUGCCCUCUUGUGGCAGGCAAAUUAGUAAAGUUGGGCUAACUGUCUUGCUUUCAACUUUGUAGGAAUUUGUCCAGAUUCUAAAAUUUUGCUCCAUUCAGCACUGUCUUCGUUCUCAACCAGUAUUUUUUUUUGGGGGGGGGAGGGGGAGGAAACAUGACCAAGCCCCUGCAUGAAUCAUGCAGCCAUGAAGUUGUAGCUACGCUUUAACCUCCCAUGACCCUUGAAGCACACCUUAAAAGGCAGUCAGCCACCCCUAGUGAUUUGGGGAGGAGGGGGGUGUUCUGCUGGAGAGUUGUGUGUUGCAUGAUGUGACCAGCCCCCUCCUACCAGUUAGCUAUGCUGCAAAGGGUUGUAACAGGUGCCUCUUCUGUUUCUGAGUUUCUAGAGAGUGCUGCUUACUCAUCCAGCAGCGCCCCACUCACAGGUAGCACAGACCUUUGAGGCUCCAGAUAGCAGAUGGGCUUUUAAGGUGGGCUUCAUGGUCAUUUGCAAUUGUGGCAAUACUACCACAAUCACAAGUGAGAAUGUAAAGCUGUUAGAAUGUCUCAAGUUUAACUUACGAUACUGUAAUAGGAUGCCAGCCUUUUACAGGACCUUGACUCACAAUUUAAAUGAGGCUUAUUUUACACUUUUUUCUGCAAAUGGCAUUUCCUGCAUAGUAACCUCACAUUCCCUCCAGCCCAGUUAUCUGAAUAAAACCCAAGAAAUUGCUCCAGUGCACCAUUAGUGAUUCCUUUCCCACUAAGAAAUGAAAUGGUUUUAUUACUCCAUGGAACACUCCAGAUUGAUAAAGGCUUCCAGAAUACCUUCAAGAAUCUGUUCAAAUUAGAUACUAUUGCAUGACCUUGGCAAGACAUCUAGAUAAUUAUGUAUGUUGUGGGAAAGGGUCGUCCUAGCUGAUAGAUAAUUUUCAGCUCAGUCUUUCUGGCCUUAGUUUAGGGGAAACAUGAUUGAACAUUAUUACUAAAGCUUUAAACUUCAGUAAGAACUGAAAUAAAACUUAUUGUAAAAUGGAAA